AUGAUGCCUAAAAACACAUUAGCAUAUAAUGGGGAACCAUGUCAUGGUGGUAAAAAUAGUAAAGAUAGAGUAACUGUUUUGCUAUGUUGCAAUGCAGAUGGAUCGGAAAAACGUACCCCUUUAAUCAUUGGGAAACCAAAAAAAUCUCGCUGUUUUAAAAAUAUAAAACGGCUUCCGUGUGAGUAUUUCAACAAUAGAUCAACGUGGAUGACGGCGAAGAUUUUUCUUGACUUUCUUCAUGAAUUUAAUAAGAAAAUGGAAAAAGAAAAAAUAAAAGUUCUCCUCUUUAUGGAUCAAUGCCCUGCUCAACCGCGAGAUCUACCUGUUUUUGAUCAUAUAAAAGUAGUAUUUUUGCCUGCAAACUGCACGAGCAAGCUACAACCAUUGGAUUUGGGCAUAAUACGGUGCGUAAAAGUGCAUUAUAAGAAAACUUUGAUUCGUCGAUACCUUGCUGAGUUAGAAUCAAGCAAUUCAGCUGCAAGAGAUGUAAAAAUUUCAAUUCUUGAUGCAAUGAAUAUGGUAUGCGCUGCAUGGAGAAGUAUCAGUCAUAAUACCAUAAGGAAUUGCUUUAAAAAGGCUAGAUUUCUAUUUUCUAAUGAACUUGAAUGUUCUGACCAAAUUAACGAAAAUGAAGAGGAUUUGGGAACAGAUUUUGAUGAUGAAAAAUGGCAAAUUGUAUCUGAUAGACUCGUUGGUUUCAAUGAAUUUGUUGACGUCGAUAAUAAUUUAAUUACAACAGAAUUGAGAGAUAUUGAAGUCAUCGCUGAAGAAAUGGCUAAUGGUGAAGGCGAUGGAGUUUUAGAUGACGACAAUGAAGAUGAAGCAAAAGUGCCUCCGAAUCGCCUAAAAGCAUUGGAAGCCUUAGAUAUUGUUCGGGACUAUUUGCAAUAUAAUUCAGCUUCGGACUCUCCCUUUUCACAUUUGUAUGAACUUGAAAAAUAUGUUUCUGACAUUCUUCAGAAAAAACAAAAACAGACAUCCAUUAUGGAUUUCUUUGAAAGGAAAUAA